AUGCCUAACGAGUCGUAUCGACAGAGAAUGAAACAAGCAGAUGCCGAGGCAGCCCUGGAAGUCAUCAAAAAUUCCAAGCCUUCCUUCGACGUGAAGAUCUGCUGCAACGUGUUGCUGCGUCGCCUGGGUGAAGAGGGGGCUGCACCUCCUCCCGGGGCUGCCGGGCUCGGGCCGCCACCAGGGUCCAUGGCACCGUCCUCCAUGGGACCUCCUGGGAUGUGCAUGGGCGGCGCCCCCUUGGGUGGUGCACCAAGCAUGGCACACAUGGGGAUGCAGCAGAUGCAGCAGCCGAUGCAGCAAACGCCCAUGGGCAACUGGAAGGGCGGCCCCGGGCCUGGACCUGGUGGCCCACCUCCAGCUACCAUGGGGCCGGGCAUGGGACCAGGACCAGGUAUGGGACCAGGCAUGGGACCCGGCAUGGGACCAGGCAUGGGACCCGGACCAGGCAUGGGACCCGGACCAGGCAUGGGACCUGGACCAGGCAUGGGACCCGGACCCGGCAUGGGACCCGGCAUGGGACCAGGCAUGGGACCCGGACCAGGCAUGGGACCCGGACCAGGCAUGGGACCCGGCAUGGGACCAGGCAUGGGGCCAGGUGGCUUUGGGCCCAAGGGCAAAGGCAAGCCUGGAGGAAUGCCAGGCUUCAAGGGGAAGGGCAAGUAG